GCCAUGAAUAUUGUGGUUCCCUUUAUGUUUAAAUAUGCUGUAGACAGCCUCAACCAGAUGUCGGGAAACAUGCUGAACCUGAGUGAUGCACCAAAUACAGUUGCAACCAUGGCAACAGCAGUUCUGAUUGGCUAUGGUGUAUCAAGAGCUGGAGCUGCCUUUUUUAAUGAAGUUCGAAAUGCAGUAUUUGGAAAAGUAGCCCAAAAUUCUAUCCGAAGAAUAGCCAAAAAUGUUUUUCUCCAUCUUCACAACCUGGAUCUGGGUUUCCAUCUGAGCAGACAGACAGGAGCUUUAUCUAAAGCUAUUGACAGAGGAACAAGGGGUAUCAGUUUUGUCCUGAGUGCAUUAGUAUUUAAUCUUCUCCCCAUCAUGUUUGAGAUGAUGCUUGUCAGUAGUGUUUUGUAUUACAAAUGUGGUGCCCAGUUUGCAUUGGUAACCCUAGGAACACUUGGUGCAUAUACAGUAUUCACAAUUGCAAUCACACGGUGGAGAACUAGAUUUAGAAUAGAAAUGAACAAGGCGGAUAAUGAUGCAGGUAAUGCUGCUAUAGACUCACUGCUGAAUUAUGAAACUGUGAAGUAUUUUAAUAAUGAAAAAUAUGAAGCACAAAGAUAUGAUGGAUUUUUGAAGACAUAUGAGACUGCAUCAUUGAAAAGUACCUCUACUCUGGCUAUGCUCAACUUUGGCCAAAGUGCUAUUUUCAGUAUCGGUUUAACAGCUAUAAUGGUGCUCGCCAGUCAGGGAAUUGUUGCAGGUGCCCUUACCGUUGGUGAUCUAGUAAUGGUGAAUGGACUGCUUUUUCAGCUUUCAUUACCCCUUAACUUCCUGGGAACUGUAUAUAGAGAAACUAGACAAGCACUCAUAGAUAUGAACACCUUGUUUACUCUACUCAAGGUAGACACCCGUAUUAAAGACAAAGAGAUGGCAUCUCCCCUUCAGAUCACACCACAGACAGCUACGGUGGCCUUUGAUAAUGUGCAUUUUGAAUACAUUGAAGGACAGAAAGUCCUUAGUGGAAUAUCUUUUGAAGUCCCUGCAGGAAAGAAAGUUGCUAUUGUAGGAGGUAGUGGGUCAGGGAAAAGCACAAUAGUGAGACUGUUAUUUCGCUUCUAUGAGCCUCAAAAGGGUAGCAUUUACCUUGCUGGUCAAAAUAUACAAGAUGUGAGCCUGGAAAGCCUUCGAAGGGCAGUGGGAGUGGUACCUCAGGAUGCUGUCCUCUUCCAUAAUACUAUUUACUACAACCUCUUAUAUGGAAACAUCAGCGCUUCACCUGAGGAAGUGUACACAGUGGCAAAAUUAGCUGGACUUCAUGAUGCAAUUCUUCGAAUGCCACAUGGAUAUGACACACAAGUAGGAGAACGAGGUCUCAAGCUUUCAGGAGGAGAAAAGCAGAGAGUAGCAAUUGCAAGAGCCAUUUUGAAGGACCCCCCAAUCAUUGUCUAUGAUGAAGCCACUUCAUCAUUAGAUUCAAUUACUGAAGAGACUAUUCUUGGUGCCAUGAGGGAUAUGGUCAAACACAGAACUUCUAUUUUCAUUGCGCACAGAUUAUCAACAGUGGUUGAUGCAGACGAAAUCAUUGUCUUGGAUCAGGGUAAGGUAGCUGAACGUGGUACCCACUAUGGUUUGCUUGCUAAAUCUGGCAGUAUCUAUUCAGAAAUGUGGCAUACACAGAGCAGCCGGGUGCAGAACUAUGAUAACUCCAAAUGGAAUGCAAAGAAAGAAAAUAUGUCCAAAGAGGAGGAAAGAAAGAAACUACAAGAAGAAAUUGUCAACAGUGUGAAAGGCUGUGGAAACUGUUCCUGCUAAAGUGAAAGUCAUAUGAGACAUUUUCUUUUUUCUUUUUUUUUUUUUUUGACUUCACAUUUGCACUGAAGCAGAAUUAUUUAAUUAAAAUGAAAAUCCUACAUUCCCACUUUCUACAAUCCUUUUAGAUAAGAUGUACUUAAAGGAGGAUUUGAGUUUGACAUCUUUCACAGCCCGUUUAAUAUGGCAUCUGUAUUUAUCCCCAUAUUAUUUUCUUGUUACCGCCAUGGUUGUGCUCAAUGCGUAAUUUUUGUCACUGUUUGACCUUACCCCAUUACUGUUUUUGAAGUCUGACAUUCACUUGAUAUCCAUAACCAGAUGAAUCAGAUUGGUUUCAAAAUUUUUGUAAUUUUUAGCCUCCUUUAUGCUGACAAUUUGCAGGAAAAGGGUCUUUUUUUUUAAGAUAAAAGAAAAAGAGAACAUAUAGGUUUAUUGUUUAUUCUCUUUACCCCUUCCUAUUGAAAUACUUCAUUGAUGUGAAAAUUAGUUCAUAAAUACAUUUAAAGUUAAAACUUUUCAGAAAUAGACAUGCAUUUAUAGUUUGGAUGUCUUACUUAAUAGAUAACUAUACUUACAGUUUUUGA